AUGACUCUCGAGGAAGCUACUAAGCUCUCCCUGGGAAAUACUCAAGACGCGGACGUGGCGGUGGAGGUCCCGGCAGCGGCGGCGGUGGUCGAGGCUCAUACUCGCCGGCUUUUGGACGGCCGUGGCCGUGGACGCGAUGGUGGACGGGGAUCAUCGUCCGGCUACAAUGCACCACCACCGCAGCCUGCUGGUGCUUCGGCAGCCGGGUCGUCGUCGUCGGCUUCGACGAUAAGCCGGGAGUUGGAGCAAAAGUUGACCUUUCAGGCUUCGUCCUCCGGGAGUGAAGUUCCCGUACAGAGGCCAGAGGAACAGGCUGUGACGGAGGAGAGGAAACUGCCGCCAGCGUCGUCGAAGGCUACAAGGUUUCCGCAGAGGCCGGGCUUUGGAACUGUGGGUCAGAAAUGUGUGGUUAGGGCUAACCAUUUUCUCGUUGGAGUGGCUGAUAGGGAUCUACAUCACUAUGAUGUAUCAAUUACUCCGGAAGUGUCAUCGAAGAAAGUAUGCAGAGAUGUCAUGAGGGAGCUUGUCAAAAGCCACAAGCUAUCACACUUGGGUAACCGAGCGCUGGCUUAUGAUGGAAAGAAAAAUGUCUAUGCUGCUGGCCCGCUGCCUUUUUCUUCGAAGGAGUUCAUUAUCAAGCUUUCUGACAAAGGUGAUGGACCAAAGAGGGAAAGGGAGUUUAAGGUCUCUAUUAAGUUUGCUAGCAAGGCUGACCUUCAUCAUCUUCAACAGUUUUUGAGAAGCGAACAGCUUGAUGUACCGCAGGAAACCAUACAAGCACUUGAUGUGGUUCUGAGAGAAAGCCCAUCUAACAAUUAUACUGUUGUGGGAAGGUCAUUCUUCCAUCCAACUUUGGGUGGUAGAGGUGAACUUGGUGAUGGAGUGGAGUAUUGGAAGGGAUUUUACCAGAGCCUUCGUCCAACUCAGAUGGGCCUCUCACUCAAUAUUGAUGUGUCAGCUACGGCAUUUUAUGAACCCAUUUCAGUUCUGGAUUUCAUUGCCAAGUACUUGAACAUCAGAGACCUAACCCGUCUAUCUGAUCAAGAUUGUAUCAAGGUGAAAAAGGCUCUCACACGUCUUAGGGUGCAACAUACUUAUCUGGGGCACGUGAGACGCUACAGAAUCUCAGGCAUUUCAGAUAAACCCACAAACAAGUUAACAUUUGUCCGUGAUGGAAUUGACGUUUCUGUUGUUCAAUACUUUGCUGAGAAGUACAAAAUUGUACUUAGACAUGCAACGUUGCCUGCAUUGCAAUCUGGAAGUGCAUAUCUGCCAAUGGAGGUUUGUACAAUUGUUGAGGGGCAAAAAUAUUCAAAAAAGUUAAAUGACAGACAGGUUACAGCUUUGCUAAGGGCUACAUGUCAAAGACCAAGGGAGAGAGAACAAAGCAUCAGGGAUAUGGUUAUGCGUAACAAUUACAACAAUGAUCAGCUUGUACACCAGGAAUUUGGGAUUCAAGUGAAGCCUGAGCUUACUUCUGUUGAAGCUCGGGUUCUUCCACCUCCUACGCUCAAGUAUCAUGCGACUGGGGGAGAACCAAGGGUAAAUCCAAGGGUUGGACAAUGGAAUAUGAUCAACAAGAAAAUGGUGAAUGGCGGGAAGGUGGACUCAUGGGCUUGUGUCAGCUUCUCGCGGAAUCUUGAUGCAAGCAGGUUCUGUCAGGACUUGAUUCGUAUGUGCUCGAGCAAAGGAAUGGUAUUUGCCUCAGGGCCAGUGCUUCCCAUUCAAUCAGCCCAUCCUGGUCAAAUUGAGAAGACUCUGUUUGAUAUUCAUGCCAAUUCUACUGCUAGACUUAGAGAUUGUGCAGUGAAAUACCUGCAGUUGUUAAUUAUAAUUCUACCAGAUCUCAGUGGAUCUUACCCAAAGAUCAAGCGAGUGUGUGAAACAGAGUUGGGAAUUGUUUCACAGUGUUGUCAGCCUAAGCACGUGCGAAAACCUAAUAACCAAUAUCUUGAAAAUGUUGCUCUUAAGAUCAAUGUCAAGGUUGGUGGAACGAAUGCGGUUCUAGAGCAAGCUGUUCAAAAGAAAAUACCGUUUCUGACUGACCGUCCAACAAUUAUUUUUGGUGCUGAUGUUACACACCCUCAACCAGGGGAGGAUUCUAGCCCCUCUAUUGCAGCGGUGGUUGCUUCAAUGGAUUGGCCAGAGGCUACAAAAUAUAGAGGGCUAGUUUCUGCUCAGCAUCACAGGGUGGAGAUAAUCCAGGAUCUCUACAAUUGUUAUGAGGACCCAAAAAGGGGCAUGGUGCAUGGGGGGAUGAUAAGGGAGCUGCUGCGUGCUUUCUGGAGCUCAACUCGACUUAAGCCUGAAAGAAUCAUUUUCUACAGAGAUGGAGUAAGUGAAGGUCAAUUUAACCAAGUUUUAUUGGAAGAAAUGGAUGCCAUCCGAAAGGCUUGUGCUUCACUACAGCAAGAUUAUUUGCCACGAGUAACCUUUGUGGUGGUGCAGAAGAGACACCAUACACGUCUCUUCCCUGCUAAUCAUGGAGAUAGAAAUUUAACUGACAGGAGUGGCAAUAUUUUGCCAGGUACUGUUGUUGAAACCAAGAUUUGCCACCCAACUGAGUUUGACUUCUAUCUUUGCAGCCAUGCUGGGAUUCAGGGAACAAGCCGUCCGACCCAUUACCAUGUGCUUUAUGAUGAGAACGGAUUCACUGCAGAUGCUUUGCAAACGUUGACAAACAAUUUAUGUUACACGUAUGCAAGGUGUACUAAAUCAGUUUCCAUUGUGCCACCUGCUUAUUAUGCUCAUUUAGCUGCAUUCCGAGCUCGCUAUUACAUGGAAGGUGAAUACUCGGAUGGUGGUUCUAGCAGCGGGGGUAGGGCUACAAGAGAACAGAGGGCAGAGCUCCGGCAGCUACCAGCCAUCAAAGAUAACGUCAAGGAUGUUAUGUUCUAUUGCUGAAGAGUUUCUCCUUCAUGGUUCUUUUGUUGCGUAUGGUGUCAUUACCUGUUAAUCCUUUUUGGUCAAAUUAUCGUUGAGAGAUUUCUGGGUUCACUUGGUGUACCCUUAGAUUAGAUGUUGCUGACUUGCAACGUAGUAGCCGAAAAGACUUCCAUUUUGUUCAGAACGGCCUUAAAUUGUUUUGACUGAUGUGUUUUUCUCGAUCAAGAUAUCAAAGCCUAUAGUACUCUUGCUAAGUUGAGUGGCUCUGCUGGUGCUAUCCGAA